CUCCUCCCAUGGACUCUGCCAAUGAAUCAUCUGGUUCCCGACGUGAUCGCGCAGCAAGGACACUCCGACAAGGGUAAGGAAAAAAGAACACGAUGUUAGGAUUAGGGACAGAGAUGCUUGACAGAGGGCUGGACAUUGAACAUGGAAUGGUGGUGCAGAAGAUGAUGAUAAUGACAGUGAAAGGUGGUGUGGGGAUUUUGCAUCAAAAUUUGACCUCUGCGAGUAGUGCAACUUCAGGGGCUGCCUUGGAAGCUUGGUGCUGGGUUGGAUGAUCUGCUUCCCAUCUUCUGCCAUGGGUUCUGCAUCUUCCUCUCACCAGAACGGGAGGCUGAAAAAGAUCCUUUUUUGGGUUUUGCGAGCGGAGGGCGAAGAAGGGCGGCAGGUUGAAGCGCUGACGCAACUCUGUGAAAUGCUUUCAAUUGGGACUGAAGAAUCGCUUAGUACAUUCUCAGUUGAUUCGUUUGUUCCUGUGCUUGUGGGUUUGUUGAAUCACGAGAACAAUCCCGACAUCAUGCUUCUUGCUGCAAGAGCAUUAACCCAUCUCUGCGACGUGCUACCUUCAUCUUGUGCUGCGGUUGUUCAUUAUGGUGCAGUUUCAAUUUUCUGUGCGAGGUUGCUCACCAUAGAAUACAUGGACUUGGCUGAGCAGUCCCUUCAAGCUCUGAAGAAGAUAUCUCAGGAGCAUCCCACUGCCUGCCUACGAGCAGGUGCUCUUAUGGCCGUGCUUUCUUAUUUGGACUUCUUUUCUACAGGAGUUCAGCGGGUUGCAUUGUCUACUGCUGCAAAUAUGUGCAAGAAACUUCCUUCAGAUGCGUCUGAUUUUGUGAUGGAAGCUGUUCCUCUUCUCACAAACCUUCUUCAUUACCAUGAUGCCAAGGUUCUAGAGCAUGCCUCUGUUUGUUUGACUCGAAUAGCUGAAGCGUUUGCGUCAUCACCUGACAAAUUAGAUGAAUUGUGCAACCAUGGACUGGUAACACAAGCUGCCUCCCUCAUCUCUAACAGCAGUUCUGGAGGUGGUCAGGCUUCUCUCAGCACACCGACAUAUACGGGUUUAAUCCGACUUCUUUCAACUUGUGCGAGUGGAUCGCCUCUUGGAGCUAAAACUUUACUACUACUCGGAAUUAGUGGUAUUCUUAAAGAUAUUCUAUCUGGUUCUGGAGUUUCUUCUAAUGCCUCUGUUUCUCCUGCAUUAAGUAGGCCCCCGGAGCAGAUAUUUGAGAUUGUAAACCUGGCAAAUGAGCUUCUUCCCCCAUUGCCACAAGGAACAAUUUCUCUCCCUAUCAUCUCCAACAUGUUUAUGAAAGGGCCCAUUAUAAGGAAGUCUCCCGCUGGUAGCUCUGGAAAACAAGAAGAUUCAAAUGGAAAUGUUACUGAGAUAUCAGCCCGUGAGAAACUAUUAAAUGACCAGCCUGAACUUCUUAAGCAAUUUGCUAUGGAUCUUCUACCAGUUUUAAUACAGAUAUAUGGUUCUAGUGUCAAUGGUCCUGUUCGGCACAAAUGUCUUUUUGUCAUUGGAAAAUUGAUGUAUUUCAGCACAGCGGAGAUGAUCCAGUCUUUGUUGAGUGUGACCAAUAUAUCAAGUUUCUUAGCUGGGGUCCUAGCAUGGAAAGAUCCACAUGUGUUGAUUCCUGCCUUGAAAAUUGCUGAAAUUCUUAUGGAAAAGCUUCCUGGGACAUUCUCCAAGAUGUUCAUCAGAGAAGGUGUUGUGCAUGCAGUGGACCAACUUAUUUUACCCACAAAUUCAACCAAUAUCUCUACUCAGGCAUCUUCUGCUGAAAAGGAUAACGAUUCUAUAUCUGGAGCAUCAUCUCGCUCUAGGCGUUAUCGGCGACGCAGUGGAAGCUCCAAUCCUGAUGGUAAUCCUUUGGAUGAUUUGAAGGCUCCUGUUUCAGUGAAUGUCGGCUCACCUCCAAGUUCUGUGGAUAUUCCAACAGUAAAUUCCAGUAUUCGCAUGUCUGUUAGUGCAGCCGCAAAGGCUUUUAAAGAUAAGUACUUUCCUUCGGAUGCUGGGGCGUCUGAAGUGGGUAUUACUGAUGAUCUUUUGAAUCUGAAAAAUCUUUGCAUGAAGCUAAAUACAGAUGCGAAUGAAGAAAGGACCAGUGGAAAGGGGAAAUCUAAAUCUUCUGGAUUUGUUCUAGAAGAGUAUUUAAUUGGGGUCAUAGCUGACAUGCUAAAGGAACUUGGCAAAGGUGAUGGUGUAUCUACAUUUGAAUUUAUUGGCAGUGGUGUUGUUGCAGCUUUGUUGAAUUAUUUUUCCUGUGGGUACUUCUCUAAAGAGAAAUCCUUAGAAACCUGCUUACCACACCUUCGCCAGCAAGCACUUACAAGGUUUAAGUUAUUUAUAGCUGUUGCACUACCUCCCUCAACUGAAGUUGGGACUGUGCCUCCUAUGACCGUUUUGGUUCAAAAGCUUCAAAAUGCCUUGUCCUCAUUGGAACGUUUCCCUGUUGUGCUGAGUCAUUCAUCCAGGUCAUCUAGUGGGAGUACACGCCUCUCCUCUGGACUAAGUGCAUUAUCUCAUCCCUUCAAGUUGCGGCUUUGUCGAGCCCAGGGUGAAAAGUCACUUAAGGAUUAUUCAUCAAAUGUUGUAUUGGUUGACCCAUUAGCAAGUUUAGCAGCCAUUGAAGAAUUUCUUUGGUCUCGUAUCCAACGAAGUGAAUCUGGUCAGAAGUCCACUGUACCUGCUGGUCAUUCUGAAUCAACUCCAGGAGCUGGUGUAUCCACUCCUUCCUCUACCCGUCGUCAUUCUACUAGAUCCAGAUCAUCUGUUAAUAUAGGUGACACAUCUAGAAAGCAAGUAUUUCAAGAUAAAAGCACUAGCUCUUCUAAGAGUAAGGGAAAAGCUGUAUUAAAGCCUGCGCAAGAGGAGUCAAGAGGACCUCAGACCAGGAAUGCUACUCGCAGAAGAGCAGCUCUUGAUAAAGAUGCUCAAGCAAAGCCUGUAAAUGGUGACUCUACUUCUGAGGAUGAAGAUUUGGAUAUAUCUCCUGUUGAGAUUGAUGAGGCAUUGGUGAUUGAAGAUGAUGAUAUUUCUGAUGAUGAAGAUGAUGACCAUGAAGAUGUUCUGAGGGAUGAUUCUCUUCCUUUGGUGUGCUCUCCUGACAAAGUACAUGAUGUGAAAUUGGGUGAUCUGGCCGAGGAAAGUACUGUUGCUCCUGCGACAACUGACGGCCAGACUAAUGCUGCUUCAGGUUCUAGCAGCAAAACUGGUACCGUGAGGGGAUCAGACUCUACUGAUUUUAGUAGUGGCUAUACAUCAAGCUCAAGAGGUGCAAUGUCAUUUGCUGCUGCUGCCAUGGCUGGACUUGGUUCUGCCAAUAACAGAGGUUUAAGGGGGGGAAGAGAUCGACUAGGGCGUCCAUUAUUUGGUAGUUCUAAUGAUCCUCCAAAGUUGAUCUUUACCGCUGGUGGGAAGCUGCUUAAUAGGCAUUUGACUAUAUAUCAGGCAAUUCAAAGACAGCUUGUGCAUGAUGAAGAUGAUGACGAGAGAUUGGCUGGCAGUAAUGACUAUGUAUCCGGUGAUGGAAGCAGGUUGUGGGGUGAUAUUUAUACUAUAACUUAUCAGAGGUCAGAGAACCAAACAGAUAGGACUACCCCUGGAGGUUCAAGCUCUAAUGCUUCCAAAUCUGGCAAAUCUGGAUCUGCAUCAAAUUCUGGUUCUGAAGCCAAGCUACAUCAGACAUCUGUAUUAGAUAGCAUCUUGCAGGGUGAAUUGCCCUGUGAAUUGGAGAAAUCUAAUCCUACAUACAAUAUAUUAGCACUAUUGCGGGUGCUAGAGGGUUUGAACCAACUUGCCCCUCGAUUGAGGGCCCAAGUGGCUACUGAUUACUUUGCAGAGGGUAAGAUUUUGGAUUUAGAUGAGCUAAGUGUUAGCAUUGGUGCUAGGGUUCCUGCAGAGGAAUUUAUAAGCGGCAAACUUACUCCAAAAUUAGCUAGGCAAAUACAAGAUGCCCUUGCCUUAUGUAGUGGGAGUCUUCCUUCAUGGUGUUACCAGCUAACUAAAGCAUGCCCUUUCUUGUUUCCUUUUGAGACCCGGAGACAGUACUUCUAUUCAACUGCCUUUGGGUUAUCUCGUGCACUGUAUCGUCUUCAACAGCAGCAGGGUGCUGAUGGUCAUGGAUCAACAAAUGAAAGAGAGAUCAGGGUUGGUAGAUUGCAGCGGCAAAAGGUUCGUGUAUCUCGAAACCGCAUUUUGGAUUCUGCUGCCAAAGUGAUGGAGUUGUAUUCUAGUCAAAAGGCAGUACUUGAAGUAGAAUAUUUUGGUGAAGUUGGCACUGGUCUGGGUCCCACCUUGGAGUUCUACACACUUCUCAGUCAUGACUUACAAAGAGUUGGACUUCGAAUGUGGAGAUCAGGUUCUUCAGAUAAAUAUUCAAUGGAAAUUGAUGGAAAUGAAAGGAAAAUGAAAAGUAGCGAUGGCUCUUCUGCUGGAGAUGGAGAACUUGUUCAGGCUUCUCUUGGGCUGUUUCCUCGACCAUGGCCUGCAAAUGCUGAUUCAUCUGAGGGUACCCCAUUUUCUAGAGUUAUUGAAUAUUUCCGGCUAUUAGGUCGUGUAAUGGCUAAAGCUCUCCAAGAUGGACGCCUAUUGGAUUUACCACUUUCAGCGGCAUUUUAUAAGCUUGUUCUUGGUCAAGAUCUUGAUUUGCAUGACAUUCUUUUCAUUGAUGCUGAGCUUGGGAAAACUUUACAAGAGUUAAAUGCCCUUGUUUGCCGAAAACGAUAUAUCGAAUCUUUUGGUGGUUCCUAUACUGAUAAAAUUGGUAAUUUACAAUUUCGUGGGGCUCAAAUUGAAGAUCUCUGCUUUGACACUACUCUUCCUGGCUAUCCAGAGUACAUCUUGAAACCUGGAGAUGAAAUUGUUGACAUCAAUAAUCUAGAGGAGUACAUAUCCAUGGUGGUCGAGGCAACUGUUAAGACUGGAAUCUUGCGUCAGAUGGAAGCAUUUAGGGCAGGGUUCAAUCAGGUUUUUGAAAUCUCAUCUUUGCAAAUUUUUACUCCCCAAGAACUGGAUUAUUUGCUUUGCGGCCGUAGAGAAUUGUGGAAGACUGAGACACUUGCUGAUCAUAUAAAAUUUGACCAUGGUUAUACUGCCAAGAGCCCAGCCAUAGUUAAUUUACUAGAAAUCAUGGGAGAAUUCACACCAGAACAGCAGCGAGCCUUCUGUCAAUUUGUUACUGGUGCACCUAGACUUCCAUCUGGUGGACUGGCAGUUCUAAAUCCAAAACUAACAAUUGUGAGGAAGCUUUCGUCAAGUGCAGCUAAUGCUUCAUCUAAUGGGAACGGGCCUUCAGAAUUAGCAGAUGAUGACUUGCCCAGUGUGAUGACGUGUGCAAAUUACCUGAAACUUCCUCCUUAUUCUACCAAGGAAAUUAUGUACAAGAAGCUACUCUAUGCAAUCAAUGAAGGCCAGGGAUCCUUUGAUUUAUCAUGACCUUCCGGAACUAACCUACCCGACCCUGCAUGUUAAUAUGGCAAACCAGGGUUAAUCUCGAGGCUUAAUUAUUUUUUUGGUUGCGUGUACUUUCCUCCUUGCUUCUCAAAUAAUGGCUUCAGUUGGGUCACGCACGUCAAAGGUGGGAAUGGUUUGGUUGAAUUGGAUUGCCUCAUUUUCAAGGUGUAAAGGGAUUUGCGGAGCUCGUUUUAGCUGUUCAACAUGUAAAUAGAAUAGGAAUAUUGAGUAAUUACCCUCCUAAAUUUUUCAUCAUUCUGUUUCCAAGUCAAAAUUAUUGGCAGCUAGUUAUAUACAUGUAUGGAAGAUGGUAAAAGGAAUAGAAAUAUCAAAUACUAUGCUUUAUGAUUUGACAUUUUCCGUUA